AUGGAGAAUUCCGAGCAAGUCGCAGAGCACAAGGCUCACCGUCACAACUCUCAGGGAAUCGUACGGGAUGACAAGGUCGAGCCGGCGGGCGCCGGCGCAGGAAUCCCUCCCCGACUGCGAGGUCUUCACGACCCAGACGUCUCGUUCCAAGAAUACCAACACUAUGCUCGAAUCACGCGUACCGAACAGGACGCGUUGCCCGAGCAAACGCACAAGAAGGGCCUUUUGCAUUAUCUGGUGCCGAAUCUGCAAAGGCUGGAAACAGGGCCUGCCGAGGUGGCCGUCCGCUCAGAUCUGAACACGUCGGAUGUCGAGCAGCGCAGGCUGAUUUCCGACGAGGAGUGGACAAACGCCUCGAGGGCCCUGAGGACGGCCGGGACGGGUGCGGUUUUCUACCUCAUCACCACAGAUAUCCUAGGGCCCUUUGGCUUGCCCUAUGCCUUUGCAACCACGGGCUGGGGGCCGGGUACUGCGCUCUACACCGUCUUUGGCGCCAUGGCGGGUUUCUCUGGAUAUCUGCUGUGGGACUGCUUCAUGGGCCUCGACUCGUUCCAAUUCCCCGUCAAGUCCUUUGGCGACAUUGGGUUCCGCGUCUACGGGACGUGGUGCCGCCACCUGCUCAACAGCCUCCAGGCCAUCCAGCUCAUCUGCAACGUCGGCGCCAUCAUCAUAUCCAACGGCGAGGCGCUGUCGGAAGCCGCGCGGUUCAGGCUCUGCUACGCCAUCUGCUGCCUGGUCUGGGCUCUUGCCGGCUUCGUGCUGGGCCAGAUCCGCACCCUGCAACGGUUCGCCUGGCUUGCCAACGCCGCCGUCUUCAUCAACCUCGUCAUCAUGUUCCUGACCAUGGGCGCCGCCGCCCACUCGCCGCCGCUCUACUCGGCGUCGGCCUCGUCGGCAGGAUACACCAUCCGCCACUCGCUGGUGACGCCCGUCGGCGGAGUCUACCCCCCGGUCCAGCACAGCGCGGGCCUGCCUGACGAGAACAACUUCGCGGCCUCGCUCAACGGGGCCAUGCAGGCCGUCUACUCGUACGGCGGCUGCAUGAUCUUCCCCGAGUUCAUGUCCGAGGUCAGGCGCCCCAGAGACUUUCUCAAGGGCAUGUGGUCCGCUCAGCUGUUCAUCUACGUCUGCUACAUGCUCUACGGACUCUUCAUGUACGCCUACCAGGGCCAGUACGUGCAGACGCCCGCGUAUCUCGGGAUAUCCGCCUACGGUCUGCAGACGGCAGGCAACUCCCUGGCCAUUGUGUCUGCCCUGAUUGCAGCCACGCUCUACGGAAACAUUGGCAUCAAAGUGCUCUACAACAACAUUUUCGUCGACUUCUUCAGGGCCCCGGCGCUGGAGACGAAGCACGGCAAGUACAUUUGGAUUGCCCUCGUCCCCGUCUACUGGUCCGUCGCGUACGUCAUCGGGGCCGCGAUUCCCGACUUUGCCGGCUUCACGGGCAUCGUGGCCGCCGUCUGCAUCCUGCAGUUCACCUACUCGUUCCCGCCGCUUCUGCACCUGGGAUACCAGAUCCAGAAGUCCGCCAUGGAAGGCGAGGCCGGGUUCGACCCGAGAACGGGCGCGCUCGCGGUGCGCGACGGCGGCGCCCGGCGCUGUGUCCGCGGCUUCCUCGGGCCUCGCUGCUACCUCAACGUCUUCAACCUGCUGUACUUUGUCGGGGCCAUGGCGCUGUGCGGCCUCGGCAUAUACGCUUCCGUCGAGAACCUGAUCCAGAUCUAUGCGAUUCCUCAGCUGAACGCCUUUGGGUGCAAGUCGCCGUUGGACGUCUCGGCGUAA